AUGCUCACAUGGAUUCAUAGGACUGCAACUAGACUUGAUUUUGAAGUGGUUAUAGGAAGAUCAGAUAAUGAUUCGGAAAGAAGAAACGCUUUUGUAACUUUGUUGUGCGAAAGAAGAGGGAAAUAUCAUACUCCUCUACGGAAGUUUAAAAGAGACGACACCGAUAGUAGAAAAUAUGAAUGUCCUUUUAAGAUUCGUGGUUACAUGUUGAGUACCAAAAAGUGGGAAUUUAGUGUUAUUUUUUGUUUGCAUAACCAUGAAUUGUGCUUAAAGUUACAAGGUCAUCCUACUGUAUGUCAGCUCAAGCCAGAAGAGAAGACAUGUAUUAGUGACAUGAUAUUGAAUCUUGUCCAAUCGAAAAAUAUACUUGCCACAUUGAAACGGAAGGAACCCGACAAUAUGUCAAAUAUAAGGCAAGUGUAUAACAUUCGGUACUGCACCAACAAGGAGAUUAGGGGAGAUAUAAGUGAGAUGCAACAACUGUUGAAAUUAUUGAAUGAUAACAGUUAUGUGUCCCGGUACAGAACUUACGACGAUGGAGUUAGGGUCCGAGAUGUUUUUUAG